UUAUUUUACAAUGCGUAGGAGCUGCACAAGAAUUAGAUUUUAUUAAAAAUGUUUAAUAAAGUGAUCCAACGUGCUUUGAAAUUCCGUAUAAAAAAAUCUUAUCCGACUAACAUUUACGACUUGUCUCGUGGUUCGGCCAUAGCUGUUCGAAGACCUUACAGUGAUGAAGUGCGGCGUGCUCAGGCGCAGAGUGUAGCUGCUCCGGGACCCACGAUUUUCGAUAAAAUUAUUUCAAAAGAAAUAAAAGCUGAUAUAAUAUACGAAGAUGAUAUGUGUUUAGCUUUCACUGAUGUCUCGCCACAAGCGCCUGUACAUUUUUUAGUCAUUCCCAAACGUAGGAUAAGGAGAUUAGAGGAUGCUGAAGAUACUGAUAAGGAACUCCUCGGACAUCUGAUGCUGGUGGCGAGAACUCUUGGUGCUCAACGUGCACCAUCGGGCUGGAGGUUGGUGAUCAACAAUGGCCGUGACGGUGCCCAGUCAGUGUAUCACCUGCAUAUACACGUAAUUGGUGGAAGACAGAUGGGCUGGCCGCCAGGUUAAAUGGAAAGCUACAAAAUGGAAAGGUCGAGAUCUCUUGGGUUAUUUGCAAUUUUCUCAAAUUCAUCUGCUAAUAAUUCUAACAUGUAUAUUAAUAUAGUAUAUAUAAUAAUUAUAUUAUCGUAUACAAUAUAUCACAAUUAAUAGAAUUUGUUACAUUUUGAGAUAA